CAUUAUGACAUUUGUGAGAAUUGUUGAUUGUCGAAUAAUAAUAAUAAUAGAGAAAUGUUAUCCACAGGGACUUGUGGGUUUUUCAGUUUGUUGGAAAGAAAUAUGACAAGUCUUCCUUUGAAAUUAGUCAACUCUCAAUCGGCUGUGCUCCAUUUGAGACCCCGAUACAUUAUUCGUUACUUUUGUUGUUAUGAAACUGGUGAGUUUCCUGUGAAGGAAUGGCUUAUGAGGAAGAUUGAAGAGAGAAUCACUCACGAUUGGUUUGUUACGCAACACGACCCACUCGGAAGUUUUUAUUAUGCUACUUGGUUUCAUAAGACAAAGUACUUGGCCAAGUUGCUAAAAGAGAGAGAAGAAAGUGUCAAGCUUUCUUAUCAUAAAUUGGUAGACGAGGGUUUCGUAGUGGAUGAAAGUCAACUGAAAAGAACAAAUAAAUAGUUUGGCUAUGGAGAUGUUGUGAAAACUCAUAUUCAAAUACACAACUGAAUUCUUUUUGAAAUUGUACAAAAUAGAAUGGCACGGAAGAGGAGGAGAUGUUCCAUGAGCUCGGAUAAGGACACUUGUGUUGCUUUCCUUGUCAACAUAAAUAAACCCAAAUGGAUAACUUCAAAAGUGUUUUCGAAAGUUGUUUGUAGAAAGGCAUAUUUGUGUGAGAGUUCCAAGUGCAGACUGAGUGCAGUAUUCUCUUCCAGUUUGGUCAACACACCUUUGUUUGCGAGUUCUCAGUUGUUUGACAAGUUGGCUGGUGGAAGUACGACAGGUGGUCUACUUGAAAGCAUAGACUUGAACUUGUGGUUGCUUAUGGGUGCGGUAUUAGCUGCUGCACUAGUGGCCCUU